CCACUUUCAUUUUUCUCUUAACUCAUUUUCUCUCAAUAACCAUGGCUCAUCUGAGCCACAAGACCUUGAAUUAUCUUCCUGAAACUCUGUCUGAACAUGAAGCUGAGGAAGGACAACCUAAUAGUGUUGGUUCCUUUUCGUUUUGGCCUCCUCAUUUGGAGAAAGUUUUCCCCGUUUAUGCCAUGGGAAUUCCCAACCCUGUCUUGGAUUCUUCACUUCAAAAUUCAGAUUGUUUUGAUCCUAUCUGGGAUGAUGUCAGAAAAGAAGCACAUUUAGAGGCAGAAAGGGAGCCGAUUUUAAGUAGCUUCUUCUAUGCCACUAUUCUGUCUCAUGAUUGCUUGGAGCAAGCAUUAGCUUUUGCUUUGGCCAACCGACUCCAAAAACCUACUCUUUUGGCUACUCAGCUGAUGGAUAUAUUUUCUACUGUGUUGAAGCAUGAUAAAGGUAUCCAACAUUCGAUUCGCUUGGAUAUUCAGGCAUUUAAAGAUCGCGAUCCUGCUUGUUUGUCAUAUUGCUCAGCACUUUUAUAUAUGAAGGGUUAUCAGUCUUUGCAAGUACAUCGAGUAGCUCAUGCUUUGUGGGGCCAGGGUCGCAAAGUUUUAGCCUUAGCUUUGCAAAGUCGAGUUAGUGAGGUUUUUGGAGUUGAUAUACAUCCAGCUGCGACAAUUGGAAAUGGAGUUUUAGUAGAUCAUGGGACAGGUGUUGUUAUUGGUGAAACUGCUAUAAUUGGAAACAGAGUUUCACUGAUGCAAGGUGUAACUUUGGGUGGCACUGGAAAGGAAACAGGUGAUCGUCAUCCCAAAGUUGCUGAAGGUGUACUCAUUGGAGCUCAUGCAACUAUUCUUGGGAAUUUACAAGUUGGUGAAUGUGUGAUGAUAGCUGCUGGUUCCCUUGUGUUACACGAUGUUCCUCCUCACAGCAUUGUGGCUGGUGUACCAGCAAAGGUUAUUGGAAGAGUACGUGAGCAUUAUCCAUCCUUAAACAUACAGAAAGAUGAGAAUAAGCAUCAAUCAGAGAAGUUCCUUUAUCAAUUACCUAGAAAAAAUGGAACGGCAGAAAAGGACUGA